UUGUAGUUUGAAUUUUAGUGAUGUCAUGUGAAAACCAGCUAUACUUUCGUACAGCGAGUCAUAGUUGUGGUGAAGACUCAAAAGCCUUUUCAAUAGCCUGUGUUACUUUGUAAGUUAAGAGACAUCAGCUUGAACUGUACUUGUGUGAACUGAGCAAGACCACGAAAUUUUUUUCUGGUCUUUUAUAAUUGCCAAUAAAUUUUGUAAAUUUUCUAAGAACUUGAUAAAUAACAUAAACUUACAGCUGCAUGUAUUUUGUCGGUGGUUCUAGAAAAUAUCCCCUCCUUUGGAAGGUUUUGCUUCUUACUUUGCGUUAAAACUUUUUAUGGCCUUCCUUUGGGUGGAUAUGACAACUACAUGCACAAAGUGAUUGAAACCUUGGCAUAAUUUUUGAUAUUUUUUAAACAACAUUCAGGGAGGAACAUUCAGGGAGGUGACCCUGUAAACAGAGCUGUAGAUCUCCCUGUAGAAUUAGCCUGCAUAGCAGACAUUUCCUUACCUUUUUGCGGCAGAGAGAACAAACAAGCAAAAAGUUCACCCCUUGUGCUCGUCAACUCCUAAACUUUCAAAGCAACCAUGAAUCAGUCAGAAGCCCCCUUUGCCAGGAGAACUCUGAGGCGGGUUGUAGAGAAGAGGACAGGACAGCACGAAUUUUCAGUUGUCACCUAUAACAUCCUUGCUGACUUUUGGCUACAGCAGAAUGUAACGAAAAAAGGCAGCUACAGCUAUUGCCCAAAUGCCUACAAGUACAAGGGACAAGGAAAAAGAUCCCAUCGGCAUAAUCUUUUCAUGGCAGAGCUCCAAUGGCUCAACAGCGAUAUUAUCUGCCUACAAGAGGUAGACACAUCCUAUUUUACUGAGACCCUUAAAGAGGAGCUGUCCAAGUUGGGGUAUGAUGGCCAUUUUGCAGAAAGAUGUAUGGGGGAGCCUGAGGGAGUGGCACUGUUUUUCAAGAGGGACAAGUUUCACCUUGAAGGAAUGAAUAGUUUUCAUUUGAAUGAUCUGGCGGCACGCAGUUUCAAGCAGACUGAAAUUCCUAAGUUUGCCGAGGUUGUACUUCUUGCCACCUUAAGACACAAGACUAGCAAUAAUCUUCUGGUGAUGGGUACUACCCAUAUAGAAUGGGGACAACAGCUUAAGUCUGUCUCACAAGUCUGCCAAAUAACAAUUGUCACUAAUGCCCUUCAUGACAUGGUUAAAUCACUCAAGUCAAAAGGUGAACAAGGGAGUUAUAUUCUGUGUGGAGACUUCAAUAUUGAACCCCAGUUUCCUGCUUAUCAACUUCUAAAGGAGGGGGAACUGACCAAUAAGGAAAUGACAAGACUUAAAGGUGUUGAUUACAUAAGAUGGGGUCUUGACAGUCUGGCACCAUCACAGCUGCUACCAGAUCAGGCAUCACUUUUAAACAGGACCAAAACACAAAUCUGUAAUCCUCUUAAGAACCUGCAAAGUGCUUACAAGAGUGUUCUGGGAGCUGAGCCUCAAUGUACCAAUCAUGAAGGGCCAGGGUCCAUGUGGACCCUAGACUACAUUUGGUAUGAUUCCGUGAACCUGGAGGCCACAGCAGCCUUGGAAACAGUUACCCCUGCUAUGAUUACACCAUACACUGGCCUGCCAAAUGAGUGUUUCUCAUCAGACCACCUUUCAUUAAAGGCAUGCUUCAAGUUCACCACCGACAAAAAUCUGAUUUCUCAGGAUGAGCUUCAACAAGGCGUAUGAGAGGGUAGUCUUGGGGUUGGGGCCGUUUUCUACUGUAUAUAUGUACAGUUUAAAACUCUGGGUGAAAUUCAGUUUUAUUUAAAAGGAUUUAUUAGAAAGAUUUAUUAAAAGGAUGAAAUUUUCAAGUUCUUAAUUUAAAAUCGCAAAGUUCUCCUUGGGCCAGACCUUAAGAUGUUUGAUUUUUUUUUAAAUUCAUUGCACAAGGUACCAAGCAGAACAAUGUGUAGAAGAAUUCAAGAAAGCUAAAUUUUCUCAUUUUUUACAUCUUAAAAGGUGCUUUUAAUAUAUUUCUUUUUAAAUCAAAGUGUGCAAGGUAACAUGGUGAAUUUUAUGUACAUAAAAGAAAAUAAGGCCCAGUUCAGCUGUCAUGCUUCUUCUGUGCCAAACUUAAUUGCAAUUUGGUUUGACUGUAGCACGGUAGGAAAACAACUCCGAUUUGGAUGUCGUGCCAGAUUCAAACCAAAUUCAGCAUUUACUGACACCUCUUAACAAUUCUCCUCCCGACUCCCCAUGGGAAUGCACUCUCGCCAAAAUACAGUAACAUAAUUUAUGAACUUAUUUUGUCUUUAUCAUUUAAAAUGUACAUCUAUAGUUACAACUAGUGUAUUAAUUAGUGUAAUGAUGGUGUACGUUUACAGAGAAAUUUAAAAGUAAUUUAAUUGAUAAUAUCACAUUAUAUGAGAGUAAGAAUGGUAAAUAAUAAAACUUCAAAUUGAAGAUAGCAAUUAUUCUUUUGGUUUCAUUAGGGAACUUUCAGCAGAACUCUCUGGUUGAUAUUCAAAUAAGGGUGGGAGUCAGAGAAAGCAUAUAGUUGUUGCCUAGCUUCCUCAAGGGGGUGAUGGGGCAUACUCCCCCAGAAACUUGGAAGCAUCUUGCAGUCACAUUUCCCUUGAUACAGUGGAACCAUCACCUUUUUAGGUACAUUUGGUGGCAAUUUUCUACUCUGAUACGUAAAGAGCUGUUUUGAAUCCAACAUUUCAAAACGAAAUUCAGCUUGAGAGUGCAAAGGCCAAGUUCCAUUACAGAAUUUUUCUUGCAAUUUUGCACAUAAUGUUGCCUUGUGUACCAUCCCCUGAAUUAAAUCUGUCUCAACAUUAUCAUUGCAGUAAUCAUUGCAAAAGAUAGAAAUUGAUUCUACUUUGUACAAUGAUAUUGUAACAGUGCCUUAAAGGUUAGAGACUGCAUUUGUUUGCACAUGUCUUAUAGGACUCGAUGUAUGAGGCUUAAGUGCUGUGGUUUUAAAGUAUGUGCUGGUUUAAAUGUAUCAAUCAAUAAUUGAUUGAAUAAUUUGAAACUUCAAUAUCCCUGAACCCAGGCAAAACCCAAUAAUUUAAACUUUGGAAAAUCUUGUUUAUGAAAUUGUCAUCCCAGGGCCAAAAAAUAAUGGGGUUCAAGAGCCCCAUCUUGGAGUCAUAGCAUACUAUCACAAGCCCCUGCUCCCACAGGAUAAAUAUGACACAAAAAGUGACGAUAAAAGGAAUAAUUCAUCCCAGAAUAACCAUUUUGAACACCCUUUGUGUCCUAAGUACCAUUUUUACAUAUCAUGAUCAUUAAAAUGCAAAAUGAUUUACUUGAAGACCCCUCUUUUCAAGUUACCACAUUUUCAUAAUGAAAGUGACACCAUGAUUUCAAGGCAACUUAAAAAUCCCUCCCCCUCCCUAAUCUCUCCUGAAUGGUGUCAAAUCCCCCCCAACUCCUGUUGGGGUCACAUCAACUUGGGUAUGUCAGGGGGGGGGGGGCAUGUCUCCAGCUAGUUGGUCAACAUAAUUUUUUGUUGCCAAGCUUUAGCAAAAUUUCCUUUUGGAAGAAAUUCAAGAUGGCUAAAAAUUUCAGAAACCAAUUCAAUAUGUUUACGUCGAAUAAUGAUUUGUCUUGAUUUGAGAUAUUGCCAGGGUACACAGACCCCAGGGGGUACUCCCAGAAACAUUGGGUUGGGGUGUGCAGCCUGCUUGCGAAACCCUUAUCCUUGCUCUUUAUGACGAAAAUCUGUUAUUUUCCCGACCCUAUUUGUGACGUAACCCUCAAAUCAAUACCCUGUUGCAGAACUGUCUUAUAAUUAGUUCCCUAGUUCAAUCCAAUGUUAAAUUGCCAUUAACAUAAUUUUUGAAGGGUUUUUGUAGAUGGCCCUAUUGAUAAUGACAGAAGUAUAUCACCUCGAAGCGUCUAAAUUCUCUUUAUAUCAUCGGAACUAUGCUGGGGUUUUUUAGCUGACCAAUCAGAACCACGGAAUUUUUUUUGCCCAAAUAUGGAAUCAGCGGAUUGAAGGCAAAUAAUGGUGGCCGCUCUUGGAAACGCUGUGAGAAAGCUCACAAGAACGAAAAUUCGAGCAAUAAGCCUUGCCGGGAAAGCGCUGUUGGAUGAGGACGUCUUUGAAAGGGUCCUAUUGAUAUGCUUCUGAUAAUGAUAAAAAAGUUGCUUCUACUAAAAAACACACCCAAAUGAAGACUAGAGUACAAUAACCAUACCCUACUUAUGACCAAUAUGGCCAAAAUCGAUACCCUAUUUAUGACCAAAAUGGCUGAAAAACCAUACCCCUUGGGGCCGUAAUUACCUAUAUAGCCCAGACCAGAGAGUCCCCCCACCCCCCACCCCGCAAGGGACACAAACUCAUUUGGAUUUCAAAAACAAGUGUAUGCCGUCCAGAUAUUAUCCAGACCCUUUUCUAAAAAAACAAAACAUUCUGACACAACAUAACGUUUUCGCACAUCUUUUGCAAGUGUUUGAAGAAAAAGUACAACGGAUGGAGAAUUCACGCCAAUACGGCCAUGUGACACAUUAAAAUGUUUAAACUUACAACGCUCCCACACACAAGUGAACGAAAAACACACCGUGAAACAAAUUAAAGUUAUGAGGUACCUUUGUUGUUCUGUUGCCAACAUCAGGUCUUCAAUGAGUGGCUAAAGAAAGGUUAAUUCCAUCACUCACCGUCCGCAGAUAAAUUGUUGCGUAUUUCGGCGUCGCAUUCUCGCUGAAUGACAAGAUUAGUGACCUUUCUUGGCAGCGUCUAAAUGUCAGAAGCCAUUUCCUGAGAAUAUGUUUGAUCCAAAAGUCGUACUAUCUAAUUAUCCGAACUCUUAGAACUUUAAAUAUACAGCGAAAUUUGUUCAAUGUCGAUAAAAUGUAACGCAAAACCUUCAUUGCAACUCAGUCCGCCGACAACUCCGCCAUGUUCCCCCUGCAACUUGCUUCGCGGCCAAGCUGCAGGCGCCACGCGGCAAAUCCCGCUUUUGGCGGGAAACCCGACCACAGUGCGCAACCAGCGCCAACCGUGCUUAGUGAUAGCGGUUAUCGCGAGUAUUUGGCUCUCUUAAGUCUCUCUUAUGCUCAGUUUUGUUUACAAUGGAACGAACAAAAGAAGUCGACGAUCCAAGCAACUUUUUUUUUUUGUUACAAUGAAAUGCUCCAAUUUUGAGGAUGUGGGAUUUCGCUUUGGAACGUACAUCAUGGUUUGAAACUGUCUCCCUAUGCAAAACAUCUUGGCGAAAUGUCAGAAAAGAAAAGUUGUCACAAGCGAUUUGCAGCCAAGAAUAUUUCGACAGCCGGGUUGACUUUAAAAAGCUGCAAAUUUUAGCGCUUCGAAUUUUUUAUUCAGGAAGUGUUCCAAAAGCAGGUCACGUAGAUCACCUUGUACACUAGGCCAAAGGAAUUUAAAAACGCAACAAUCACUUUUUGGGAUUGUGUUUGAGGAAAACUCGGUCAGGGAAAUCACACGAUUAUCGUGACGCCAAAGUUUUCGAAAGCUCCGUUUACAAAAUGCUUCCGUCCACACGAAAACGAAAACCCGACGUUUUCAGAUUUCUCC